UACAUGCAACUCUAAGGGAACUCAUUAACAAAUAAACACACAUUCAUAUAUACAUACAUAUACAUAUAUGUAUACAUCUCCUUCUCGUGCCAACGACCCAUUCUUACGACGUAUAAAAGUACUUACGCAGUAAUAUAAUCUGCGAAGUCGCUCACGAGCUCCUAAAGCGAAUUGUAGUACUAAUAUCAGUGUAACUUAUUUCUUUUACUAAAAUAUUUCAUUUUUGGAGUAUUGUAUCAUUUUGUAUAGCGAAGACGUGUAUUGUUUCGUAUUAAAGAAAAGUUUUGCUGAUUUUAUGCGUGAAUUUGAAUUAUUAUUGUAAUUGUCAUUUUCAAUAUAAACGGGCAAAGUACUAAAAUGAGAAGCACAAAACACAUCGAUGACAUUCAAACACCGACCAUAGAUGAACAUUUAAAAUUACUAUUGAAAAACAAAAGUGUAAUCGACUUGGAGGCAAUCACUGUAACACAUGAUGAUCUUCCAACAUGGUAUGAUGAAAAGUUAUUCAAAGAAGCUCAAAAUUACUAUAGACGAAACAUGUUAGCAAUGGUAACAUCUAGUUUUAUGGGACUUUUCGCAAUAUUAUCCAUUCCAGAAACAAUAAGGGUGCUAAUAUAUACAAACAAAAGUAGUAUGCCUUGUGUGGCAUACAGCAGAUAUGUCCAGACUUUAUUACAUAUGCACAACUUGUAUACGUGUGAUCCAAGUAAUCCAGAUUCCAACUGGUACAAGACCAUAAAUGUGAUUCAUCGAAAACACAAGAUGGGCAGCAAGAAUUCUAAAAAUGCUAAUGUGGGUGAUAUUCACCAAAGAGAUAUGGCACUCACGCAGUUCGCUUUCGUAGGAUACGUUUUCAUCGCAGCUAAAUCUAUCGGAUUGCAUAAUAAACCGGAAGAAGAAGAAGCAUUUAAUCAUUUUUGGCGUGUAAUAGGCUAUAUGUUAGGAAUUCCUGAUCGAUUAAACAUAUGUCGCAAAAACGCGAAAGAAACACGUGAACUGUGUCUGAAGAUAAGCAGCGAUGUUUUAGCAAAAUAUUUGACUGAAGCUCCUCCCGCUUUCUAUCACAUGGUGUCAGUUAUAAUGCAUGGAUUAUGGCACGUUGACGUUACAUUAAAUACCGAUGCCCUUUUGGCAUUUGUUUAUCAACUACAUGGUAUUGAGUAUAAGACAUCGCUUGGAUGGUACAGUUGGUUAAAUCUAAAAUAUCGUAAUUUGAUAUUUUAUCUGUGUCUUGUGCCUUAUAUUGGAGCUGUAGUAAGAAUUUAUUAUAAUUACAUACUUAUGUUCACAUUCUGGCUUGUACAAAACUGGCCUGUGCACGCGUGGAUAUCAUUUGGGAAAGAAAAUUCCCAGAUCAAGAUGUAUUCUAUUUUAAAAUAAGUCCACGUGUCUUAAUAUUCACAUACUUUCCGUAUUUAUACAUUUUACAUAAAAAUAUUUGUAUAAUUUGAUAUAAUAAUAUUUUAUAUAAUGUCAUUCAUCUAAUUUAAUUAUAUAAGGUUAAGAGAGAAUAUAAGGUUGUCUCUCUCUUAAUAUUUAAUUACUAAUACAAAGAACGAAUAAUUAAGAAUGUCAGAUCAUCAAAAAAAGUCACAUAUUAUGUGAUGUCACUAUGUCAUAUAAUAUUAUACAAGGUGAGAGAUGUUUUUUAUAUAUCUUAAAAAUUAUGACAGUAGAAGAGUAGCAGAAAAAUUGUCCGAUAAAAGCGAUCAUAUAGCGGAAACAUGAAUGUAAGAUAACGAAAUUUCGAGAUCGUUUCGAAGAUGUAAAAGUUAUCUUCGUUUUUAUUUUUUUCAUUUCACGCCACAUUCAAUUCUCGAAUUAGUUAUACCGGGGAGUCACAAAAAUAAGAUCUAUCACUAUACAAGAUAUUGUGCAAGUAAUCUUAGUAUUAAUUUCUGACAAUCAUUGUUAAUUUGAAUGCGGACAACCUUGUACUCCUUGUACUUGUACUAAAAAUGAUUUAAUAUAAAACUGAAACGUUUACUAUUGCAAGAUUAAAUAAAAUAU